AUGCAUUUUGUAAUAUUUCUACUUCUACUAUUAGUCUUAUAUCUUAUUUAUUCUUUUGUAGCGACAAGUAAGCUGCCACAUAGAACGUUAUGGGAGUUAUCUAAAAAGUAUGGAGACAUAUUUUCGAUGUGGAUGGGAGAUUAUUAUUAUAUUGUUAUUAGUGAUCCAUCUUUUAUUCGUGAAGUAUAUCAACAUAAUUUCGAGAACUUUGUCGACCACACAGAUUUUCCUAUUGUCAAUGUUUUAUCUUCAAACAAUAUGGAUUUAGCUGCGGCCAAAGGUGACAACUGGUUAUACAGAAGAAAAUUGGUGGCAAGUGUAUUUGCAAAAGCAAAAAUACGUUCCAGUACUCCUAUAAUAGACAAACAAGUAUCAAACUUGUUAAACAAAAUGAAAGAGAUACACCUUUCCAAACAAAAUAUGUAUCCUAGAAGAUAUUUCAAAAAAUAUUCGAUAAAUGUAAUUUUCAAAAUGUUGUUUUCGGAAGAGAUACCAUAUGAUGAGGGUAUUUACGAAGGUAGACUUGCUUUGUUGGUCGAUCCAAUCGAAAAAAUCUUUAAAAGACUUGGUGAAACUAAGCUCUAUGACUACCUUGGGUUCCUUAAGCCUUUCUACUUCUUCUAUGUGAAACUCUUUGGAUCUGAAGUUGAUGUAUUGCAUCGAUUCACUAGAAAACUAUAUGCCGAAAGAUUGAAAAACAUUGACCCUGAAAAUCCAAAGGAUUUAUUUGAUACAUUAAUUAUUGAUUCUGCUGGAAAGAAUUUAGAAUCUGUAAUAACUAUUGCAACUGACUUUAUUGCAGUAGGCGUAGAUUCAACCGCAACGGCACUGGAGUGGUUAGUUCUGGUUGCAAAAGACCCAAUUGUGAUCGGUGACUAUUUCAUUCCAAGAGACGCAAACGUUCUGGUCAACUUCCAUGCACUCAAUCAUAAUACCAAGUACUGGGAGCACCCAGAAAAGUAUAUUCCAGAAAGAUUUUUGGAUAAUAAUCAUACCGAAUAUUAUGUGCCAUUUGGAAUUGGACCAAGGAAUUGUGUUGGAUUAAAUUUGGCAAAUGAUAUAUUGUAUAUGGGAUUCGCUAAUAUUGUAUUAACAUUUACUCUGAAAUCUGACAAUGUGCCACUACCCGAUAUGGAAAUAUUAGGUUUCUCUGCACAUCCGGAUACAUUCCCAAUUUCAAUGGAGUUAAACGAUAAACCAAGUCAAUUUUUCUCAGAGAAAAAUGACCCAAAAGGACCAUCGGUAAUACCAGUGUUGGGUAAUCUUCACCAAAUGGGAAAACUACCACACAGAACAUUCUUGGAGAUGACUAAAACCUAUGGUGAUGUUUUUAGAGUUUGGAUGGGUGAUUAUUACACUGUUGUUGUGAGUGAUCCAGUCAUUGCCAAAUUGAUUCUUGUAACACAUCAUGAUAACUUUUUGAAUCGUGUACAGAAUCCAACAUUCAGUUUAGCCAGUAAUCACUAUCAGAAUUUGGCGGCAGCAAGAGACGAGCGAUGGCACCACAAUCGAAUGUUGUUUGCAAAUUCUUUAUCGAAGUCCAAAAUACGUUCUGCAGUCCCAGUUAUGGAGAAACAAGCUGAACUCCUCAUAUCAAUGAUGUCACAAUUGCAAAAAUCAGGUCGACCUUUUUCACCAAUGAAAUAUUGUAAGAAAUAUGCAUUGAAUAUUAUUUUUAGUAUUGUAUUUGCAGAUGAGAUUCCUUACGAGGAGGGUGUUGAUGAAGGUAGAUUUGGAAUGUUACUUCAUCCAUUAAAUUCUUUUUUUAAAACACUUGGAACAGGAUCGUUAGUCGACUACAUAACCAUUUUACAACCUUUGUUUUAUGCAUUCAGAAAAUUCACAGGCACUGAAAUGGAUCCAAUAUUUAAUUUUGUCUCAAAGGCUUAUGAUGAACAUGUUGCAACUUUAGAUCCAAAUAAUCCAAGAGAUGUUCUUGAUAUUUUUAUUAUUGAUUCAGAAGGAAAGGAUAGAGUUGGUGUAAUUGCUGUUACCAUUGACUUUAUGUUGGGAGGUACAGAUACUAGUGCAACUACAAUCGAAUGGUUCCUUUUGUUCAUGGCCAAUAAUCCAGAUAUUCAAGAAAAGGUUGGAAAGGAAUUGAAGGAAGUUGGUGGUGUAAAUGGAAAGUUCACUCUUGCCAACAAACCAAACACUCCAUAUUUGAAUGCAGCCAUCAAGGAAACACUGAGACUGAGACUUGUAGGACCAUUUGGAUUACCACGUGAAACCAGAGAAUCAAUCUUGUUGAAUGAUCAAGUAUUCAUUCCAAAAGGUUCUCAAAUCAUUAUUUGUUUCUUCGGUAUGAGUCACGAUGAGAAACGAUGGAGUGAUCCAGAAACAUUUAGACCUGGGCGUUUCCUUGAAGAUUCCGAGGUGAAUCACAAUGAAUAUUACCUUCCAUUUGGACAAGGACCACGUAAUUGUGUUGGAAUGAACUUGGCCAAUGAUGAACUUUACCUCGCAAUUUCCAAUAUCAUGUUAAACUUUAUCGUCUCCUCGCAUGAUAGUAAACCAAUAGACGAUACUGAAAACUUUGGCUUAACAAUCAAACCAACAGAGUUCCUUUUGAAAUUGGAUAAAAGAUUUUAA